AUGAGCCUCCUCAACAAGCCCAAGAGUGAGAUGACCCCAGAGGAGCUGCAGAAGCGAGAGGAGGAGGAGUUUAACACAGGCCCACUCUCGGUGCUCACGCAGUCGGUCACGAACAACACACAAGUGUUCAUCAACUCUCGUAACAACAAGAAGCUCCUGGGCCGCGUGAAGGCCUUCAAUAGUGGCAAGGGCAAGAAGAAGUCCAAACCCAUCAACAAGGACCGCUACGUCUCUAAGAUGUUCCUGCGUGGGGGCUCGGUCAUCAUGGUCCUCAGGAACCCCCUCAUCGCCAGCAAGUAG